UCUUCACUGUUCACUGUUCACCACGAAAAAGGCAAUUUCUUCAUUUUCAAUUUUCUCUCCCUCUCUCUCUCUCUUUUCCAUUUUCUCUUCGCAGAUUUUCUCGAUUCGCCCUCACUUCUCAGACAACUCUCUUUGAAUUUGAAAAAAAAAUCGAAAAAUAACAUGAGCAAGGGACCAGGACUGUUCUCAGAUAUUGGCAAGAAAGCCAAAGAUCUGCUGACCAAGGACUAUCUUUCUGAUCACAAAUUUUCUGUCUCCACCUACAGUGAAUCUGGAGUGGCCCUCACAACAACCACGGUGAAAAAAGGAGGCUACUCUUCUGGAGAUGUGGCCGUUCAGUAUGUAUACAAGAAUACUUCUGCUGAUCUAAAAAUUGACACAGAAUCAAACAUAUCAGCAACUCUAACUGUUGCCAAUAUUGUCCCCUCAUCAAAGACCAUUGCAACCCUGAAAUAUCCCAAUUAUGAAUCUGGCAAGCUGGAAGUUCAAUACUUCCACCCUCAUGCAUCCCUCACUGCGGCCGUUGGUCUGAACAAUGCUCCUCCACUUGAUUUUUCAGUCACGCUUGGCACUCCCACGUUUGCUUUGGGUGCAGAAGCAGGUUAUGAGACAACUUCUGGAAAAUUAACGAAAUACACUGCUGGCAUCACUGUGACAAAACCAGAUGCAUGUGCUUCAGUGAUUCUGGGUGAUAAAGGGGACACACUAAAGGUAUCAUACAUACACUUCAUGGACCAGUUGAAGAGGACUGCGACUGUGGGAGAGAUCACCCGAAGAUUCUCCACAAACCAGAAUACAUUCACGGUGGGAGGAUCUUAUGCCAUUGACAACCUGACACUUGUGAAACUGAAGCUUAAUAACCAUGGCACGCUAGGGGCUGUUUUGCAGCAUGAGGUCAUUCAAAAGUCACUUGUGACCAUAUCCAGUGAGUUUGACACCAAGGCCCUGGAUCGGACACCCAAAUUUGGUGUCUCCCUGGCUCUGAAGCCUUGACAGUACCUUGCUGAAGUAUAUUGCAGUUCAACUCCAGUUCUUGUGUUAUUUUGAGGUUGCAAUGGAAGGAAACCAAUAAGUAGUUACAGAAAUACACUGUUUACAAACCCCGGAGAUUGACAUCUUUUGCAAUGAUGCCUGGGGAAACAUACUGAUAUUUUCUCAUUUUUUCAAGUGCCUACUUUGCUUUCCUGUUCUGAGGCUUUUUGACACAGACCGAGUAUUCUUUGGAGUUCUGUGGUGAUAAUGAACUCUAUGUUUUUGCAGCUUCCGUUUACACUACAAGAGCAAAAGAUUGGUUUUAUGCAUCAAA